AUGAGUUCGACUGUCAUUAAAUUCAGAGCUGGUGUCAGUGAAUAUAACGAAGAGACUCGUCUAUGUACACCAAUUCCGGUUCAGGGUGAGAUCGAGAUUAAACCAAAUGAAGAAGAAGAACUAGGGUUCUGGGACUUUGAAUGGCGUCCCACUGAAAAGCCGAUAGGAAGGGAACUGGAUGCUAUUUCUUUGAUUUUGAUUCCUGGAGAGACAAUGUGGAUUCCAAUAAAAUCUAGUAAGAGUGGUAGAGUGUUUGCUUUGGUCUUCUCUUCUAAUGAAAGAUACUUCUUCUGGCUGCAAGAAAAGAGCCCAGGAAACCUGCCUUUAAAUGAAUUGAGCGCUAAAGACAAAGAAAUUUACGAUAAGAUGAUCACUGUGCUCAAUAAUGGAGGUGAAAGUGAUAAUGAAGAAGAAAUUCAUGACGAAAAGCAGAAAGCACAAGAUGCAGAUGUUGAUAUGCAAGACUAG